AUGUAUACUAUUGUCCCGCCUACUACUGUCCCGCCUACUACUGUCCCGCCUACUACUGUCCCGCCUACUACUGUCCCGCCUACUAUUGUCCCGCCUCGUGCAGAGAGAUCCCCAGUUUUCAACUGUGACGAACUACGGGAGGCUAUAUCGGAAGGAGAGGUACUAGUUCCAGGCGAUGAUGGCUACGUCGUUAGUGCGGUCGUUGUUAAACCUAUUUCUGCUAUCGAAGUCUCUGCAGCUGUAAAGUUUGCCGUCUCAAGCAAUCUCCCCCUGACCGUCUGUGGCGGAGGCCACUCGACGAGCGGAACGUCGUCGUCGGAAGGCAUGGUCAUCCACCUUGGCAAUAUGCGGAAAGUCGAGAUCAACGAAAACAGCAUGACCGUGUCUUUUGAUGGCGGCUGCCUUUGGGGAGACGUGGAUAGUGCUCUGGAGGCCCGUGGCCUGGCCACAGUUGGAGGCGCAGUAAACCACACGGGCGUCGGGGGGCUUAUUCUCGGGGGCGGACACGGGUGGCUGACCGCAAAACAUGGGCUCACUAUUGACAACCUCCUAUCAGCUCAGAUAGUCACGGCCGAUGGCUCCAUUCUUGAAGCAUCUGAAACACAAAAUCCAGAUCUCUUCUGGGCGAUUCGCGGAGCUGGAGCACAAUUUGGAGUCGUCACACGCUUCACAUCCCGUGUCAAUAAGCAAGGGAAGGUCUGGAGUGGCACUCUCAUGUUUGAGCACAGCAAGCUACCCAAGCUGGUGGCAUUUGCAAAUGACUUUCACAAUCGGAAUGGCCGAGAGGGCCACUGCUUGACUAUAGGUGUGGGACACACAUUGGAUGGGGCGACCCGUAUCCUCUCUGCUAUUCCCCUUUAUCAUGGGCCGGAAGAGGAAGCAAAGAUAUACUUUGCAGAGCUGCUUAGCAUCGGACCUAUCGUGGACUGCAUGGGCAUGAUGUCUAUCGCGCAGGUGAACACUUUACAAAACCCAAUGUCCGAAUACGGCCUUCGCCGCCUCCAAGGCUCCGCCAAUAUCACUAUGCCCCUUCAAACAGAAUCCCUGCAACAGAUCGCGGAUGCCAUAUGGACUUUUCACGAUCUUUAUCCUGACGUAAAGGUCUGCGUGAUGGCAAUCGAGCUUUUUCCUACGUACAAGUUGCGCGAAAUACCCCAAGACGCUACCGCGUACGCGAAUCGCGGGGAGUACUACGAUGCUGUGCCUUUCUUUGGGUGGGAAGACCCAGGACUCGAUAAUAUAGUUCGACAAUUCAACUCGAAACUUUGCACAAACAUACGCUAUUUGAAUGGAUACAACCGCUCGGGGCAUGAUGGGGGAGGUAACUCCAAGCAAGCGCCAGUUGGACGGUAUAUCAAUAUGGUGAAUGAGCCGCUAAGGCCAGACGAAGCAUAUGGUAUAAAUUGGGAGAGACUGAGGGAUGUGAAGAAGAAGUUUGAUCCAGGCAAUGUUUUUCAUAAGUGGCAUGGUGUGGGGGCUGGAGGAAAGGAAGAACCGACUGGGUGA